AUGGUGUAUCAAGAUCAUUUAACAAAAUUUAUUGUUUUAAAACCACUUAGAACAAAUCGAGCUGAGGAAGUGGCUCACACUUUAUUGGACAUAUUUACUCUACUUGGUGCUCCUGCAAUACUUCAGUCUGAUAACGGCAGAGAAUUUUCCAACCGACUUAUUGAGAAUUUAAAAACAUAUUGGCCUACUUUAAAAAUUAUUCAUGGUAAACCCAGGCAUUCGCAAAGUCAGGGGAGUGUGGAAAGAGCAAAUCAGGAUAUUGAAAAUAUGUUGACCACGUGGAUGCAAGACAAUAAUAAUUCACAUUGGAGUGAGGGUUUGAGAUUUGUGCAACUCAUGAAAAACAGAGCUUUUCACGCUGGUAUUAAGCAAUCUCCUUAUGAGGCACUUUUUGGGUGUAAAGUAAAAGUUGGUUUACAGUUACCCAAUGAUUUCACGCAAAAUGUAGAAACUCAAGAAGAUAUGGAGAAAAUUAUACAAGACCUUACCAAAAAGAAAACGGAAGACAAGUCAAGUUUCUAA